AGAUAACUUCUCAGCGGCAAUUUGAAAGUGUUGAAAAGAUGUAUCCUGAUCAGAUGGGAAUACUCCAAUUGUCACUGAUGAUCGCUUCUUCCCUCCAACAAUUCCUUUCUUAAACUCGGAAAGCUUCGAUUCAUUUGGAAGUCUUUGAAUCGCUCCGGAUAGUGAUCUGGAAGGAUUUAUCUAAAUUCUGCGGGUCACCACGUCAAAUAGGUCACCAUGAGGUCGAAAGUUCAAGUAGGGUCAUCCAAGUGCCGAAGACAAACUGUUCCAGAUAAAUCAGUUCGAGUUUUGUUUAUCCAGAACACAGUGAUCCAGAACUGCUUACGUCUUCUAAAGAAUGGAGUCUCCAAAUAUGAGAAAACGUCUAAUCGAAAUGGAAUCAUCGUUGGAAGUGAAGAAGACAGCUACUACAGUGAAACAAGAACCACUUGAGACUUCAUCUCCACUCCUUGCAUCCAUGAUUUCGACUGCACCCAACCCACCACCGACUUCGCCUCAUGCUCUGAACUAUCUGACUCUUUUGGCUGCGUUCCGGCAAUUUCUCCACGGAUACAUCCAAGCUGGUGGAGAUGAAAAUCUGGCGAACACUCUUGGCAACUACGUCGCUGCUCUUCCAAUGCCACCUAAUUCUCUGAACCCAAUCGGUCCUCUGAAUGCUCCAAAAUCUCCAUUCAAGCAGCAGCAGAAGUUUCACUCUAUCAUAAAAGCUGUCAAACGGGAACCAGUCUCGGAGCCGGCGCAAAAUGCAGGAUCCGGUGAUUCCUCUGUGACGUUGAGUUCGGCACUCGGAGAAGAUGCUGUGCCACAAAAUAGAGGUUCAUGUACUAGCAUGAAGCCCGUGCCCAGAUUUGUGAUGCUUCCAGUUGUUGCUGCACAGUCUGCUUCGCCAUCUGCUUCUGGUCCUACAUCUGAGAUUCAGCAACUUCGUGAAGCUGCAUUCGGAAGAUACAAGAACGUGUUGUGUGUGAUUUGCAACGAAUGGAUUUGUUCGAGAAAUCGAAAGAAUCACAUCGAAGCUCAUCUGAACUACCGUCCAUACAAGUGCUCCGCGUGCAGCUAUGCCAGACGUCGUGAAAUCUUUGUAGAUCAACACAUCAGAACUCAGCACAAAGGUGUUGAAGGAGUUGUGAUGCUUAGUGAUGUGGAUCUUCAUGUUGCCAUGGAAGUUGAUCGCCUUGCUGAAGAAUGUGUGACUAGAACACGUAAAAUCAUCGACACAAUGCAAGAAAAGAAAGAUGGUGAUUUCGGAGAAAACAAGGACUUUGACGAGAAAGCUCUCCAAAUGAUGCUUGCAGAAGAAGCUGAAAAUAAGGUUGUGGUGAUCGAGUCUGUGAGCCAAGUCCGUCCGAAAGUUGCCAACUAUCAUCGAAGACAACGUACAAAGGUUCUCAAGAAAAUCUACGAUACCGAUGUAGCCAAGCAGACCGAGUUGAAAAUUGUGAAAGACGAAGAAGGAGGUGUUCCGACGAUGUCGAUAAAACUGGAGGAAGGAUUUGAGAUCAAUUUAGAGGAUUUGAUGAAGAUGGUUGGAGCUGGAAGUUCGAUCACUGAUUCAAAUGAACCUGGGCCCAGUGAGAUCAAGAAGGAACUAGCCGAAGUCUGAAACCAUUUAUUUCUAAAUUUUUGUCUAUUUUUCUUUUAAAUUCAUCCUGUAGUCUUCAAUACUCCCAUAUGAAAGGCCACACAUUCCCCAAUCUCUUCUUGUAUCAUUUCCAUAUUGGACAACUUUUUGUUUUUCCAAUUUCACCUCCCAUUGUUCAAAUAAAUAUUGUAUCAAAAAAUGACUCACUGCUAUUCCAGAAUAAAAUGAACACA